GGGAGCCGGGGUGUCCAUUCGGCCGAAUGACAGCCCCCUGGCCCUUCCCGCACCCGUGCGCGCCAGCUCAGCGCCCCAGCUCAGCGCCCCGGCCUGGAGGCCUCGAGCGCUGCCCUCCUCCCACGUCCGCCACGGAGGCAGCGGAUCUCCUGGGGCCGCUGCUGUACCUUUCUCGGGGCGGGAGGGAGCUCGGCUCUAGGGACCGCUGCCCUCCUGUUUCUUUCCAGUUCGAGCUGUUCGACGCAGAAGCAGAAAAAACUAGCGCCCCCGGCAGCUCCUCAUGAAGCUACAUCCAGAUCUCAUUAUGCAUCAGAAAGAUGAAAAAACAGAGGAAAAUUCUAUGGAGAAAAGGAAUCCACUUAGCCUUUUCUGAGAAAUGGAAUACUGGGUUUGGAGGUUUUAAGAAGUUCUACUUUCACCAGCACUUGUGCAUUCUGAAAGCAAAGUUGGGAAGGCCAGUUACUUGGAGCAGGCAGUUGAGGCAUUUCCAGUGCAGAGAGAAGGCCCUUCAAAUCCAGCAAACUUGGAUCCAGGAUGAACCGCUUUUUGCUAAGACAAAGUCGAAUGUGGCUGCUGAAAAUGUUAGUACUCUGUCCUCUAAAGUGAAAAGAAACAGCACUAAACACUUAGUUUCCUCCUCAAGGACCCUCCUGAAACUCCAAGCAGAGAAUUUGCUGUCAGCAAAGAACUCUGACCAUGAGUACCACGGAGAGAAAAAUCUCUUGCAGGCAGUUGCUGACUUACCAGCAAAUAGUGUUUUAGAUCAGGCUAUUGGUCACAGACCUAGGACGGAGCUGCAAGCUUCUGACUUUCCCAUGAAGUUCAAUGGGGAGAGCCAAAGUUCAGGUGAGAGUGGCACAGUUGUGGUCACCUUGAGCAACCAUAAGAGAAAGCGCUUUUGUUAUGGCUGCUACCGAGGGCUGGAGCACCACAGGAAUAGGGGACCUCUGACUCCAAAAAAGUUCCAACUUAACCAACAUAGAAGAAUAAAAGUAUCUCCUCUUAUGAUGUAUGAGAAAUUAUCCAUGAUUAGAUUUCGGUACAGGAUUCUCAGAUCCCAGCACUUCAGAACAAAAAGCAAAGUUUGCAAGCUAAAAAAAGCCCAGCAAAGCUGGGUGCAGGUCACUGGGGACCAUCAAGAGACCCUUAGGGAGAACGGUGAGGGUGGCAGUUGUAGCCCAUUCCCUUCCCCAGAACUUAAAGACCCUUCUUGUCGGCAUCAACCACACUUCCCAGGUAUGGACAGCAGUGCUGUGAUGAAGGAAAAGAACUCUCAUGUGCCUGAUGGCUGCACUAAAGGAAGCCCUUUCUUGGGCAAGGAGCUUAGUUUAGCUGAAGCAUUCCCUGACCAACAGAAUGGCAGUGCCACAUACACCUGGGACCAGUCACCCUCUUCCCCUCCUAAGUGGGAGUUUCCAGAGCUAAUUCAUGACAUCCCCUUACCAGAGCAUCAUUCUAGUAAUGUGUUUAUCUCAGAAACCGAAAGAGAAAAUAUGACUCUUGGUCAGGAAAAUCGGACAAGUACUGUCAAUGACAACACAGUAAAAUUGUCAGUGUCUGGGGCAGAUCAAUCUGUAAGUAAUGUAGAUGGGCCUAUGUCCGAAGAGACUGUUCAGAAAGAGAGCUCAUACCAGAUGGAUGAGGAUGGAUCUCUCAAACAGAACAUUCUUAGUUCUAAGUUGCUGGACCACCCUUACUGUAAAAGUCCGCUGGAGGCUCCUCUGAUGUGCAGUGGAGUCACACUAGAAAAUCAAGUGGGAGAUGGGAAGAACAGUCAAAAAGCAUCUCCAGUGGAUGAUGAACAGCUGUCAAUCUGCCUUUCUGGAUUCCUAGAUGAGGUUAUGAAGAAGUAUGGCAGUUUGGUUCCACUCAGUGAAAAAGAUGUCCUUGGAAGAUUAAAAGAUGUCUUUAAUGAAGACUUUUCUAAUAGAAAACCAUUUAUCAAUAGGGAAAUAACAAACUAUCGGGCCAGACAUCAAAAAUGCAACUUCCGUGUCUUCUACAAUAAGCACAUGCUAGAUAUGGAUGAUCUGGCGACACUGGAUGGUCAGAAUUGGCUGAAUGACCAGGUCAUUAAUAUGUACGGUGAGCUGAUAAUGGAUGCAGUCCCAGACAAAGUUCACUUCUUCAACAGCUUUUUUCAUAGACAGCUGGUAACCAAAGGAUAUAAUGGAGUAAAAAGAUGGACUAAAAAGGUGGAUUUAUUUAAAAAGAGUCUUCUGUUGAUUCCUAUUCACCUGGAAGUUCACUGGUCUCUCAUUACUGUGACACUUUCUAACCGAAAUAUUUCAUUUUAUGAUUCGCAAGGCAUUCAUUUUAAGUUUUGUGUAGAGAAUAUAAGAAAGUAUUUGCUGACUGAAGCCAGAGAAAAAAAUAGACCUGAAUUUCUUCAGGGUUGGCAGACUGCUGUUACAAAGUGUAUUCCACAACAGAAAAAUGACAGUGACUGUGGAGUCUUUGUGCUCCAGUACUGCAAGUGCCUCGCCUUAGAUCAGCCUUUCCAGUUUUCCCAAGAAGACAUGCCCCGAGUACGGAAGAGGAUUUACAAGGAGUUGUGUGAAUGCCGGCUCAUGGACUAAAACCCAGCAAGGCUGGGAAGUCUGACCAAGUUGGAGCAGAUGGUUUGUUACUUGAAUCUCCAAACACUUAUUUGAAUUCUAACAGAUAUUUCAGAUUGGUGGUAUUGGGCCACUAUUGUUACCUCAAGUUUAUUUUUAGCCCUUAUUCAUUUCUCUAACUACAAUGUACUAUUUUUUAAUGUUCAGAUUGGUUUCAGUUUUAACUUUAUGAAUUCCACAUGUUCUCCCCACCCCAUAUUUAAUAUUUAUUAUCCAAACGCAUGCAUAUAGACAGAGCAUGCAGUGCAGAGUAUUAAAAAAACACACAAAAAAAACCUAGAUUUGGUACAGCUUUUGAAACUUAGAUAUGAACUGAAUACAGGUUUCGAAUAUAAUCCCAAAACCUAAAAAAUAUGGGAUGUUUUUGAUACAACGUAACUCUGAGAGUAUGAGGUAUUCCCUGGGCAUAGAGGAUAGCUAGUUGUUUUGACAAAGCCAGUCCUGUCUUACUUUUACCAGCAGUACCUUUCACUGACUUUCCUCUCUGAGUCUGGGAACGUGAGUUGAAUUCCUUUUGAAGGGUGAGAAGGAAGUGGCCAAAAUCUAACUGGCAUGUUCUCUUCCUGGAGGCACAUGUGAGAAGAAUUAUAAUAAAUGCCUAAGUCUUAUAAAGGCUUUUGCUGGAACAUUGAAUUCCCUAGAUUUUUGUUUUUGACCCAUUAAAAAACUUAGUAUCUAAAACAAGUGGUCAAACAAAUGAGAAUUCAGCCUAAAAGUAAUUUACAAGUUGACACUUCCCUUGUAUUAUCUCCCAUAAGAAAUUAGGAUUUGCCAAAUACCUUUCUAUUUCAAGGGUAUUUAAAAUAUAAACAUUCAAAACUGAAGAGUGGCUUCAGGUCUUUUUCAGGUGGGUGCGGGAAGAGAACGGUUAAUAGAGAAGACUUGAUUCCUCAGGAGUACAGCAAGUGUUAUCCGCCGCCCCCCCCCCCCCCCCCUCCCUUAGCUCUUUCGUGAUCUCAGCAACAUGCAGGGCUCCUCAUUUGGUCUCUGCCUGAUCAAGGAGUCCUCUUUUUUUUGGCUUCUAUGAACCUCAUCUUCUGGAGAAAGGCAGAAGUGGCCCUAUUCUUACACUUGGCUGCAUUAGGGUUAAUGUAAUGGAUCUUGCAUCUUCAGUCUAGCUAUUUGUGGCAUUUGAAAGGAAAUAAAAGAUGCAUGUUAAACUACCCAAUUAUCCGUUCUGAACUGGGCAGGUAAAACAACAGAUACGUAUGUAAGAAACUUAGAAGUUUGUACAGAAAAAUACCAAGAAAAUGGCAGAAGACACUUGGGAUCUAUGCCUAGUUAGGUGUUGAAAAUAAAAAGCUAAAAUGUGCAGUUUAACUUGGCCAUAAGGUAGGACUGCCAGCAGAUGCGGGUGGAGUCAGACACGUUUACAUGCAGGGUUCCCUCCCCAGACAGACCAGGCACCACCACCAGUGUUUACAGUGCAAACAGCCUCAGCACUUUCCUAAGUCCCCCAAGACUCAAAUUCUUUAAUAUAAAACCAGGUCAGUAUUUCUUAUUGUGCUUCAAGUCUUUAGAAAGAAUGAGAUUAGAGGCACUUUAUGCUGCUAUAGAUAGGGUUGUGUCUGCAUUAGAAAAAAUUACAAUUUAAAAUGGGGAGGACUUCUUGAGAUUUUCAGUUUUCAGACAUAAAAUAUGCAAAAUGAGAUUUUUCAAAUUUGUGAUACAUUUACCUAACUUUUUUUGUAGCUCUACAAAGUAGCCAAUAACUAGGCUAUUGACUCAAAACAUCGUAUACUUUAGAGCUCCAUCUCUCACUUCCUUACUGACAGAAUUCGGCAUGAAGAAUCUUAAUUAGUGCCCAAAGCCUGAGUUGCCAUUUCCUCCAAUCUGAGAAACUGUCAUCAUCUCCACUUUGAGGCUUGCAGGGAUGUUCAUAGAGAACCUAAAGUGAGCUGUUCAAGUCAUUUCUCAUUCACUUCCAGCUUAUGGGACACCUUGAGAUGCACUGCUCAGCAUGCUUUAGCGUACAUUACAAAUAUUUCAAGUCUGAUUAAAAUGUUUCUCUGCAUUCAUGAAACUUGGUUUUAGCACAUAUAGUCACUUGUUCUCCACUUGUGAUUAGUUAUAAACCUCUAGGCCAAGUCCUACAUUAGAAUGGCCUUUUUUUCUUGAUGUUUGCAAUAAUUGCUUCCUUGCAACAAAGACAUGUUUGAAAUACAGUUUAGGCUGUUGGUGAAAGGGACAGACAUUGUUUUACUGUCACUAACUUGGCCCUGAAUUGUUGCCCACAAGGUGGGUAGACCUUAUGCUUUAGGGGUUUGAGUGCAGGCCUUGUACAAACUAAAAGCUACUUAUGAUGCGUCUUCAACAAGCUGCCCAGUUUUCUCCAUCAGCAAACUUACCAGUCUGUAGCUGCUGCUUUCCAAUGGGUUUUUUUUUUUUUUUUUUUGGUUAAAUGUAUAGCAAUGAAUGUAGAUUUAAUUCUUUUAGUUAAACUCUCGCAAGAAUUGUAGAGAACAAACCUUCUCUUAAGGAAAGGAACCUCCUACAGGAAAAAGCACUUGCUCCUCAGAGUCCCCAAAUCCCUUUUGUGGCUUUGCAUUGUAUUUUCUAUUUAUCAUUAAAUAUGAGUAACAUUGGUCAUCUUGAAUUCAUAGUUGGAAAACAAGAACAGCCAGCAAUAGUCUUAAGUUGAGCUGCCCUUUCUCUGCAAUUAAUUGUGGUUCACUGGUUUAAAAGAGAUAACUGGGAGUUCUGGGUGGAUCAGAACCAUCAGGCGAGAAAGUGUAUUAAUAGUGUGAAUUAGAUAUAUUGACUACCUGCUCUGCUUACUGAUGUUAAGAAACCAAACUAAUCUGUAAUUAUAAAGCACAUACUUUAUGUGCUGGGCUCUGCCUCCUGGCCAGUAGACAAUUAAUUAAGAAGGCCUAGGGAAUACCAUCAGAGAAGUGCUAAUUGUAUUGGGGUAUUACAAAAGCAGACCUAGGCAAGCUGUUCAUUUAAGUCAUACCUUUUGGUCAGAAAAAAUUUAUUUAAAGGUUGUGAUCAUGUAAAAUGACUCAAACCUUCUAGCAAAAAUAUUUUUUUGAAAAAUAAAUGAAAUGCCUUUAUAAA